CAAGAUGCCUCUCUACCGUCCAGAGAAUGUCGACACGCCUGUCCUCUCCCAGUUCUCUUUGAAAGGAAAGGUUGCUGCAGUAACAGGAGGAGCUCGUGGCAUUGGACUCGAAGUCGUUCGUGGUCUUGCAGAAGCCGGCGCAUCGGUGGCCCUUAUCUAUACCACUAGCAGUUCUGCUCCGGAGACUGCUGCCAAGAUUGCCAAAGAGACUGGUUCGAAGGAUAUCACAGACACCAUCAAUCAGAUUGCCAAAGACUUUGGCAAACUAGAUGUAUGUGUCGCCAAUGCAGGUAUCGCAUCACAAGUCCCAGGACUCGAGUAUUCCGAAGACCAAUGGCGCGACAUCAUGAGCGUCAACCUUGACGGCGCAAUGUACACUGCCCAAGCCGCCGGCAAGAUCUUUGGAAAACAAGGAGGCAGUAAUUCCAUGAUCUUUACCGCCUCGGUCAGUGCGAUUUUGGUCAAUAUCCCACAGAAGCAGGCUGCCUACAAUGCAUCCAAGGCCGCUCUGGUGCAUUUGGCCAAGUCAUUGGCUGUCGAGUGGACCGAGUUUGCCAGAGUAAACUGCAUCUCACCUGGCUUCGUGGAGACUGAUAUUCUCUCGAUUCAUCCCGAGGAAUGGAGGAAGAAGUGGUUCGACAUGAUCCCUGGUGCCCGUAUGGCGAAGGCUGCAGAGCUUAAAUCGACAGGCUACAUGACUGGCGCGAACAUGGUCAUUGAUGGCGGCUACACUCUGCCU